AUGAACACAAUGAGGUCGAAUGCUCGCCCCGUGGAGCUCCAGGAGGGAUUCUACAUCCCUAUCGCGCUGGAUACCAACAACAUCACUUCACUCAGCCCCUUCCUGGUUCCUCAGGACCACCUGGCAGGCAGUGCUAUCUUCUAUGGCAUGUCAUUUUUCAUGUUCUUCCUAUUUGUUGCCGGCACUGCUAUCAACGUCCUUACCAUCGUGUGUACUAUCCAGUUCAAGAAGCUGCGAUCCCAUCUCAACUACAUUCUGGUGAACUUGGCAAUAGCUAACCUGCUGGUGUCCAUGUUUGGAUCCUCCACUGCCAGCUUGUCCUUUGCCUACAGAUACUUUAUCAUGGGAUCGGUUGCAUGCCAGAUUGAGGGAUUUACAGCUACUCUUGGCGGUAUGGUGAGCUUAUGGUCUCUUUCAGUCGUGGCGUUUGAAAGAUGGUUGGUUAUUUGUAAACCAGUCGGUAACUUUCAAUUCAAGAGCACACAUGCAAUAAUCGGCUGUGCAAUCACUUGGGUGUUUGGGUUGGCUGCCAGUCUUCCCCCUCUGUUUGGCUGGAGUAGAUACAUUCCAGAAGGUCUCCAGUGCUCCUGUGGACCAGACUGGUACACCACAAACAACAAAUACAACAAUGAGUCCUAUGUGAUGUUCCUCUUCUUCUUCUGCUUCGGAGUCCCAUUCAGUGUCAUUGUUUUCUGCUAUGCCCAGCUGCUCUUCAUGAUGAAGGCGGCUGCCGCGGCACAGGCAGACUCUGCCUCCACCCAGAAGGCAGAGAAGGAGGUCACCAAGAUGGUGGUGGUGAUGGUGGUGGGCUUCCUAGUGUGCUGGAUGCCCUAUGCCUCCUUUGCUGUCUGGGUUGUACAAAACCGCGGUGCACCCUUUGAUCUCCGAUUGGCCACCAUACCUUCCUGCUUCUCCAAGGCCUCCACAGUCUACAACCCUCUCAUCUAUGUCUUCAUGAAUAAGCUGUUCCGCUCAUGCAUGAUGAAUUUGCUGGGAUUAAAGUCCGGGGAUGAUGAGGAAGCAUCAUCAACAUCCUCGGUCACUCAAGUGUCUUCUGCUGGUUAA